AUGGCUGCAAUCACAGUUGCAGGUAACGUUUGGAAAAGAAAUUUCAAGAAACACGCACAUGCCCUCUGGAUUGCCCAGCCAAGAUACGAAUUAGAUCAACAAGCACAUCGUCGGUUGAGAAUCAAGGGAACAAGUCUCCGUCUUCAUCUGAUCGGGGAGCAAAUUAUAGAAAUGGGGAGGGAUUUUCUAUUUCUAACAAGUACCAACCCUUGCAUCCUCGUAUUUGUCGCUUGUCAGUGGACGUUGUCGCAUCUUUCUCUCAAUCUUCAUAUUCAAGCUUUUAUAAAUGGCGAAGGGUAUCUUCAGGUGGUCUCCUUUGUCUCUUCCGUCGAAACUCGCCCCUGCCUUCGACGGAAUUGGACACCACCCUGCCCGUCGUCCCACUCUAGCACCACCACCAUGGUGCUAACAACCAGCCAUGAAGACUUCAAAGACCCCACCAACCACAUCGAUGUCCCCUCUCCUACGGCACCUCAACCCGUCUGUCUUGACGCCGCCGCAGUUGAUCUCUCCUUCCCAUUCGGAAAGAUCGAUGGCCUUGACCGCGACGACCUCCGCACAACCGCGUAUGAGAUCUUCUUCACCGCUUGCAGGUCAUCGCCGGGGUUCGGCGGUCGUACCGGUGGCGCCUCAUUUCAUGCGCUUAAUGGUGGGGAAGUACAUACGCCUCUAUCACCUGGAUCAUCCUCUCCAGGGUCCCCCGGGUCGCCACGGUCUCCCCGUUACGGCGUAGGGAUGGCGGGGAUGAGCAAAACGAAGAAGGCGCUUGGAUUGAAAAUGCUGAAACGAACUCCGUCGACACGGCGGAGCAUCUCUUGUGGGUCGAAUCCUUUGUCUCCUAGUGGCCAUGGUUAUUAUAAUAAUCAGAGCAGUAUUAGUCCGAGAGCAUCGUUUUCGACUUUACCUCACCAUGGCAAGAUUAAACGGCCGAUGACGUCCGCCGAGAUCAUGCGGCAGCAGAUGAAGGUGACGGAGGGCAGUGAUAAUCGUCUCCGGAAAACACUCAUGAGAACCCUCGUUGGUCAAACGGGUCGACGUGCAGAUACCAUAAUUCUGCCAUUAGAGCUCCUCCGGCAGCUAAAACCGGCGGAAUUCAACGAUGCAAACGAGUACCACACAUGGCAGAAACGCCAACUUAAAAUCCUCGAAGCUGGUCUCCUCGAUCACCCUUCGAUCCCUUUAGACAAAUCCAACGCUUUCGCAAUGCGCCUACGAGAAAUCAUUCGUGGGAGUGACAUCAAACCUAUUGAGACGAACAAAAGCUCGGAGACGAUGAAAACCGUCUGCAACUGUGUGGUUUCGCUAUCAUGGAGGAGCCCAAACGCAUCUCCGACCAACGUUUGCCACUGGGCAAACGGCUACCCACUUAACGUUCACCUCUACGUUCCUCUUCUUCGCUCCAUUUUCGAUUCAAAAGACGAAACUUGUGUUCUUGAUGAGGUCGAUGAGCUUUUGGAGCUCAUGAAGAAGACAUGGCCGACUUUGGGGAUCACAAGAGCGAUACACAAUUUAUGUUUGACUUGGGUUCUAUUCGAACGAUACGUUUUGACAGGACAAACAGAGAACGAUCUGCUUAGCGCCUCCUUUACCAUGCUAACGGAGGUUGCUAAUGAUGCCAAGAAGGUUAAUCGGGAUCCUGUUUAUGUCCAGAUGCUAUCGGCGACGUUGAAUUCCAUCAAGACAUGGUCGGAGAAUCGAUUGCUUGAUUACCAUGGAAGCUUUACAAGAAAAUCACUUGGUUUAAUGAAGAAUAUUCUUCCUCUGGUUUUCUGUGCGACGAAGAUCCUGGAAGAAGACGUACCUUAUUACAGAUUGACCUCCAUUGAUGACGACGAAGAAGCUUCAGGUUCUAAAGGGAACAAGGUUGAUCGUUAUAUCCGAUCCUCUUUAAAAAAUGCCUUCGUAAAGAUGGUGGAAAAUGGGUAUGCAAUAAACGGAUCGAUGAUGGUUCAAGAAGUUAGUGGAAAACUGAUUGAGUUGGCAGAUGAAACGGAGGAAUUGGUGAUUCGUGAGAUGGAAAUGUUUAGCCCAGUGUUGAAGAAAUGGCACCCAAUUGCAGGCGGAGUUGCGGCAGUGACAUUACACGCGUGUUACGGGAACAUGUUGAGGCAAUUCUUAACUGCUCACUCUGUGAUUUCAAAAGAAACGGUUGCAGUUCUUCAAAGGGCCGAUAAGCUUGAAAAGGUGUUGGUUAAUGUAGUUAUUGAAGAUUCUAUUGAAUGUGAAGAUGGUGGUAAGGCCGUUGUGCGGGAGAUGGUUACCUACGAGGUUGAUUCUACUGUUUUGAAGUUUUUGAGACAAUGGAUUCAAGAUAGCUUGAAAAAUGCCAAAGAUGUAGUUCAAAAAGCGAAAGAAUCUGAGACAUGGAACCCAAAGUCAAAGAGUGAACCCUAUGCACAAUCCGCCAUGGAGCUCAUGAAACAAACCAAAGAUGGAGUCGAUUCCUUCUUUGACAUCCCGAUUGGAGUCACCGAAGAUUUGGUUCGCGAAUUUGCUAACGCAGUCGAACAAAUCGUACAAGAUUAUACUAUUUUCGUUGCAUCAUGUGGUUCGAAACAAAGCUAUGUCCCCUCACUACCUCCACUAUCAAGAUGUGGUCGUGGCUCAAAGUUCAUCAAACUAUGGAGAAAGGCAUCGCCUGCUUGCACAGCUCCACCCAUGAACUCGGAGGCCAGCUCCGAAGAAGGCAACUUUGCUCGACCAUCCACCAGCCGUGGCACACAACGUCUCUACAUUCGACUCAACACCUUACACUACAUUUGUCUGCAACUCAAUUCAAUCGAGAAAAACCUUGCUCUUUCCCCUAAAAUCGUUUUAUCUCCGCGAAAUCGGAUCGGUGGCAGCCGGCGGCAGCAUGGUGGUGGCUCUUAUUUUGACCAAACUCGCUCCGCCCUUCAAUCCGCCUCCCAACACGUGUCGGAAGCUGCAGCUUACCGGUUGAUUUUUCUCGAUUCGAAUUACCUUUUCUAUGGAAGUUUAUACGUCGGAGAUGUGGAAAACUCCCGAAUCACACCUGCGCUCAAGAUCAUGAAGCAUAAUCUAACUUUAUUGACUGCGAUUGUGACGGAUAGAGCUCAGCCGUUGGCGUUGAAGGAAGUGAUGAGGGCAUCGUUCGAUGCUUACCUGACGAUUCUGCUAGCAGGAGGAAGCUCGAGGAACUUUACACGAGCAGAUUUUAGGUUGAUUGAACAGGAUUUGAAGGAUUUGAAGAGGGUAUUUUCGAAAUGUGGAGAAGGGUUGAUUGUGGAGGAUGCGAUUGAUAGAGAGACUGAAACGGCGGAAGGAGUGGUGGCGUUGAUGGGGCAGUCGACGGAGCAGUUGGUGGAGGAAUUUACCACAUUGGUUUGUGAGGCAAGCGGCGUAGGAAUGAUGAGUGGUGGUUCAGGGCAGAAACUGCCGAUGCCGCCAACCACCGGAAAAUGGAGCAGCACGGAUCCAAACACAAUAUUGAGAAUUUUGUGCCAUAGAAACGAAGGUGCUGCAAAUAUGUUCUUGAAGAAGGCAUUCCAAUUACCAAAGAGGAAAUAAAUGGUCAAGAUUCCAUUAAAAGGGGCGCUAAAAUAUAUAUGUAUGAUUCUUUUGGUGUGGAAGGGGGUGAUUAAUUUGUUCGUACAUGG